AUGAAUAAGGUUUGGGACACGUGUCGUGUUGUGGUGCAACCUCACUUGAUUUUUGGCGGGAAAAUCCUAGAUCUCUCAAACGCAUCAUUCUUUCUCAUUAUUCAAUGCAUCGCUUGUUUAUGGAAACAACGGUUGUCGUACUGGCGAAACCCGCCAUACACGGCGGUCCGAUUUGCGUUCACUACCUUCAUUGGUGUUAUGUUCGGUACCAUGUUUUGGGAUCUCGGCAGUAAAAAGACAACGCAACGGGAUUUGAAUAAUGCGAUGGGGUCCAUGUAUGCGGCGGUGUUGUUUCUCAGUAUCCAAAACGCGUCAGCUGUGCAACCGGUUGUAGAUGUUGAACGCACCGUGUUUUAUAGAGAACGAGCUGCUGGAAUGUAUUCUGCACUGCCGUACGCCUUUGCUCAGAUUUUGGUCGAAAUUCCGUACAUUUUUUCACAAACAAUAGUAUACAGUGUCAUAGUGUACGCCAUGAUCGGAUUCGAUUGGACAGUGGCGAAAUUCUGCUGGUACGUUUUCUUCCAGUUUUGUAGUCUACUCUACAUGACGUAUUAUGGCAUGAUGACCGUCGCCAUUACACCAAACGCCAACAUUGCUGCCAUCAUUGCCGCCUCAUUUUAUGGAAUCUUCAAUCUCUUCUCGGGCUUCAUCAUUCCACGACCCAGGAUUCCGGUCUGGUGGAGAUGGUACUAUUGGGGCAACCCACUGGCUUGGACCAUCUAUGGUAUGGUUGCAUCACAAUUCGGAGAUUUUGAUGACGUGCUCACAAGUGAGGAGACCGUGAAAGGGUACUUGGACCGGUAUUAUGGUUACAAACAUAGUUUCCUUGGCCCGGUUGCAGGGGUGCAUGUCGGGCUAAUUUUGUUUUUCGGGUUCAUCUUCGCUUACUGCAUUCGGGCCUUCAAUUUCCAGAAGAGAUAAGCAAGUAUACCGGAUGGUGUUUUCAUUUUUUUUUUUUUUAAAUAAAUAAGUUUGUGAUGUAAACGAUUUUUUUGAAUGAGAUGGUUGUAAAAUGUAUUUAUUAAAUUUGUAAACUUUUGAGUUGUAUCUAA